CUAAUAGCUACUCGUCGACCAUCAAAUCUUUCCACCGUCUCCCAUCUUCUUCUCCAUCGUCGAGUAUAUUUGUAGAAGAUGAAGAACUGAAAGGAGUCGGAAUUGAGCGACAAGUUGAUCGGAUUUGAGAUGGUGAACUGGGUGGCGGCGCAGAUGCCGCUCCUCCACUGGCUGGUGCGCGGCGCCGGCCUCCGGCGGCAGAGCAUUGAGAUCGAGCCCGGCACCACGAUGGCCAUGUGGGUACCCAAGCACAAGGCCAGCCGGGGGAGCAGCAGGGCUGAGGUCGUAGUGCCCGAAGAUAAGUCCGCCGGCGUUAAUGUCCGCCGCGGCGACGAAGACGAGAAGAAGAGGAGGAGGAAGGAGAAGAAGAAGGAGAAGCCGGCGGUGGUGCUGGUGCACGGCUUCGCGGCGGAAGGCCUCGUAACGUGGCAGUUCCAGUUCGGGGUGCUGGUGAACCAGUACGACGUGUACAUCCCCGACCUCUUCUUCUUCGGCGGUUCCUCCACCGCGUCCGCCGACCGGUCCCCGGGGUUCCAGGCGCGGUGCCUUUCGGCUGCGCUCGACGAGCUCGGCGUCCGCCGCUGCACGGCCGUGGGGUUCAGCUACGGCGGGAUGGUGGCGUUCGAGAUGGCGGAGCAGCGGCCGGACCUCGUGCGCUCCCUCGUCAUCUCCGGCUCCGUCUUCGCCGUGACAGACUCCAUCAGCCAAGAGACCCUCGACCAGCUCGGCUUCGCCUCCUCGUCGGAGCUCCUCAUGCCGGAGUCCGUCAAGGGCCUCAAGGCCUUGCUCUCCAUUUCCAUGCACAAGAAACUCUGGUUCCCCAACUUCCUCUACAAGGAUUUUCUUGAGGUGAUGUUUACCAACAGAAAGGAGAGAGCAGAGCUUCUUGAAGGUUUGCUCAUCAGCAAUAAAGACGCCAAAGUUCCUUCUUUAGAUCAGAGAAUUCUCCUGCUAUGGGGGGAGAACGAUAACUUAUUCAAUUUAGAGUUUGCCAAGGACAUGAAGGAGCAACUGGGAGAAAACACCACACUGGAAGUCAUAAAGAAAGCAGGGCAUCUUCUUCACCUAGAGAGACCCUGCGUUUACAAUCGCCACCUCAAGAAAUUCCUUUCAGCUGUUCAAGCUGCAGAAGCAGAGGCAGAGGCAAAGGAAUGAGCCAAACUCUCCAGACUUUUAAUAUUAUUCAGUUAUUAAGGUUGUGAACUAGCAUGAUCAUUUGUUUGUUUCUCACUCGCAUGGAAUAAUUAAGCAACUUUUUCUCUUGUUUGUUUGUAGUUUACAUUACAAAUUAACUAUUAAAUAUCGAGUGCAAACCAUGAAGCAAGCUUGCAUGUAUUGAAUAUUCUAGUACAGAGAUUUAAUAUCUUCUUCCUGGUUGAUCUUUAA